GAAUAAUAUUAGCACUUAGGACAGAGGUGUACAAUCUCAGUACUGGAGUAUAGCAGUUACUGUUCUAUCACUGUUGGACACCCUGUCUUCUUCUGUCUCUGUCUUCUUCUGUGGUCUCUGGAAAAGAAAAUAUCCAAUAAGAAGCGGAUUAGCAUGGUACCCACCAUCUAUAAGAAGCAAGAGUCAGCUAAGAGUGAUGAUGUUCCUGAGUCGUGCCUUUUACCUCACUCUCACCGUACCAGCAGCGUGAGGACCAUUGCACAGAUACUGGAGGGAGGAGGAGUAUGUGGAAUUCCCACUGACACUGUGUACGCUCUUGCUGCUUCCUGUAAACACCCAGAUGCUAUCAGCAGGAUCUAUACCAUAAAGGAACGACCAUCAGAGAAGCCCAUCUGUAUUUGCAUCUCUAACUUGGAACAGCUAAGAGCAAUUGAACCUCCAUUCAGUCCCCUCCUCUGGAGGUUCAUGGACAUGGUCUACCCAGGAGGCAUUAGCUGCAUUGUACCAAAAGGAGACUGGCUGGAAAGGCUAGGUGUAGGUGCAGCUUAUGAUAAGGUCGGGACACAGGACAACAUCAUGAUACGGGUUCCAGACCACACAGUUACUGCUCACUUAACAGACAUCACAGGACCCCUAGCCAUUACUUCAGCUAAUCCAAGCGGGGAGAGUGACAGCACCCACCAUGACAUGGUCAUAACGCGCUUGAGUCAUAAAUUAGAUGCUGUUCUCCGUGAUGGAUAUUCCAAUGAACUUGUAGGGUCCACAGUGGUAAACUGUACUAAGAUAGAUGAAGGCUCUAUCACAAUACUGCGUGAAGGCUGUGUGCCUGCCGCUAAGGUCAUGCAGCUGUUUGAAUGUGCAAAGAACACACAGGAUGUGCUAUAAGCCAAUAAAACACCAUUAUCUGCAACUUCAGUGGUUUGAAAAUGGUUGCUUGGUAUCAUUAUUUGAAGUCCUGCUGGCAGGGAUUUAAAUUAUUAUUGUAAAACAAUUGAGCAUAAAAGAAAAACACUUUUAUUUUUCCUACUGUCUAAAACAUUAAUUUAUUUAUUUUUGUUGACUGUAAACUAUAAUUAUUUAUAUCUUAAAUUUAUAUUAAUGAGAUAUGUUUAUUAUUGUGUUGUUCUACUGAAUGGUUUCUAAUGAAUACAGCAAUAACUAAUGUAUAAAAAUAUGGUGCUAUUAAUGAGAUACGUUUAUUAUUAUAUUGUUCUACUCAAUGGUUUCUGAAUGGUUAGCAAUAACUAAUGUAUAAAAACAUGGUGCUAUUUGUUUUUAUUUUGAAUGUGCUGUAUAUGGAAAAAAUAAAUCUGGUUUUAUUUUUA